CAGUUACUUCCUCUCAUGUGGGUGGAGUCUCUACUUCAAAAUAGAGUUAGCUGCAUCUAUCAACCACAAGACGAGAGCUGCUUCUUCCCGUCACUGGACAUGGAUCCCUGCGGACUGGUUCUUCUCCUGCUGUUGAUGGCUAGAAAUGGGUCGUUUCAACAAGAGGAGGUAUGUUCCAAGACUUUAAUCAACUCCUGCAACGACUGUAUCCAAUCUGGACCCUUCUGUGUGUGGUGCAAACAGCUGAACUUCACCAACGCUGGUGAGCAGGAAGCUGUUCGCUGCAACACCAAAGCGAAGUUAAUAGCAAAAGGCUGCAGUAGCGGAGAAAUCGUAUUUCCGAAAAAUUUCCUGGAUGUUGAAAAGGAAGAGGCCCUCUCCUCCCGGUUCAACCAGCAGGAGCCAGUCCAGCUGAGUCCCCAGAAGAUCCGACUGAGUCUGAGACCGGGACUCUCCGAGACGUUCAGUGUGUCAUUUAAAAGAGUAGAAGGUUAUCCCGUUGAUCUCUACUACCUGAUGGAUUUAUCUUACUCCAUGAAAGACGACCUGAAAAAUGUCAAAGAAUUGGGAAAAAAUCUUUUUGGAGCUCUAAAACAAUUCACCGAACAUGCUCAAAUAGGGUUUGGAGCCUUCGUGGAUAAAACCGUCCUGCCAUUCACCAACACCAACGAGGAGAAGCUGCAGAAACCGUGUGAUGAGGACUACCAGCAGUGUCAGGCCGCCUUUGGCUACAGACAUGUCCUCAGUCUGACAGCAAGCGAGAAAGACUUCAGACAGAAGGUUAACGAGCAGUUCAUUUCUGGAAACCUGGACAUUCCUGAGGGAAGUCUGGACGCCAUGAUGCAGGCUGCCGUGUGCCGGGAUGUUAUCGGUUGGAGGAACAGCAGCACUCGGCUCAUUGUUCUGACAACAGAUGCUGGUUUCCACAUGGCGGGAGACGGUAAACUGGCCGGUAUCCUGGAGCCAAACGACGAGAAAUGUCACAUGAAGAACAAUCUCUACACCCAGAGCAGUCAUAUGGAUUAUCCUUCUGUGGGACAGCUCGCCAUGCAGCUUGGAAAAAACAACAUUCAGCCGAUAUUUGCAGUAACAAAUGAAGUGGUGACAGUGUACCAGCAACUCUCCAAAAUGAUUCCUAAAUCUGAGGUCGGAGUUCUGUCAUCAGAUUCUCGAAACGUGGUUGAGCUGAUUGAAGCAGCGUACAAAAGGCUGUCCUCCAAAGUUACUCUGACCCACGAUAAUCUGCCUGAUGACGUCAGGGUCGUGUACACCCCUAUAUGUCCUAACGCUGGACCAGCAGGGGGCAGCGAAGGAGUUUGUGACAACGUGCCUGUGGGACAGGAAAUUAUGUUUAACGUCACGGUAACAGCGGACUCCUGCAUGACGGAGAAAAGUUUCACGAUCAGACCUCUGGGAAUCAAAGACACUCUGACUGUGACUUUAACUACAGAAUGCGAGUGUCACUGUGAUGACUCGUUAAAGACAGACCAAGACCACUGCUCACAUAAAGGACGAGUCACCUGUGGGAUUUGCAGCUGUAAUGAAGGCUUCGUCGGUCAGUUCUGUAACUGUUCGAUUGGAGAUAAAGACGAGGAAUCGCUGCGAGCUUUCUGUCGGAGGGAGAACGGCACGGAGUGCGAGGGCCGAGGAGACUGUGAGUGUGGUCGCUGUAAGUGUCACAACACCAAGAAUGGAGGCACUUACUACGGGAAAUACUGCGAGUGUGACAACGAACACUGUGAGAAGUUCCAGAACAAGCUGUGUGGAGGAAACGGGAGAUGCGACUGUGGGAUAUGUAAAUGCAGCACAGACUACGAGGGCACUGCCUGUCAGUGUAAAAAGUCUGAAGAAGAAUGUAAAACCGCCAACAAGACAGUGUGCUUCGGCAGAGGAAAGUGCAGGUGUAACCACUGCGAGUGUAACGAGGGAUACCAGCGACCACUGUGCCGGGACUGCUUCGGGUGUCCCGACCCCUGUCAGACCAAAGUGAACUGCAUCGAAUGCCAGGGCUUUGAGUCUGGAGCCUUUAAGAAGAACUGCAGCGUGGCCUGCAGCAGCAUCACUUCUGAGAAGGUUGAACAAUUCACCAUAACUAGCAAACAGUGCCAGCACAAGGACUCCGAGGGCUGCUGGAUCAAAUUCAGACUGCAUCAGUUAAUCGGAGAGGAUAACUACAAGGCAGAGAUUCUGUCUCAGAGAGACUGUCCAGAACCGCCCAAUGUCAUAGCCAUCAUCUCAGCGGCUGUUGCUUCUGUUGCCCUGAUUGGCAUCCUGCUACUGAUGCUCAUCAAGUCCCUCAUCUACUUUAAGGAUCUUAAAGAGUACAAGAAGUUUGAAAAUGAAAAGAAGAAAUCCAAGUGGGCAGAGGCUGACAACCCUCUAUUCAAAGAUGCAACCACCACUGUCCAAAACCCAACCUUCACUGGAGAGUAACAACUGACUAUAGCAGUCGUCCUUGAAGAGAGACCACUGUGACUAACCCGACCUUGACUGGACAGAGACCACUGUGACUAACCCGACCUUGACUGGACAGAGACCACUGUGACUAACCCGACCUUGACUGGACAGAGACCACUGUGACUAACCCGACCUUGACUGGAGAAGAAGAGUGACGUUUAUUAAUAAAGUUUCAGUCAUGGUCCAUGUACGAAGUAUAAUUUAUUUGAAGUAGUUCAUGUUGUAGGGUUCGUUAAAUUUACAGAGCAGAGAAUUCAAUAUUUAAUGGAUGUAGUGUGGACAGCGAGCAUGCAGACAGCGAGCGUGUGAUCAUGCACGACGCGACGUAUAACGCUCACGUGCUGUUACGUGUUAGGCUGAGUCGGCUGUGAGGGAAUGAGUUAACGUGCGUCAACAUAUAUAAGCAUUCGCCAAGUCGGACAAUGAAAAUAGGCAAUACCCCUUAAACUGGCAUGUUUCAUUAUACAACAUAGACUAGAAUAGAAUUACUUUAUUGAUCCCAAACUGGGAAACUGUGGAAACAUGAACUACUGCAAAUGAAUUGAACACGGACCAGUUAUGUUAGCUUACAUAGCAAUGGUAUAUAAAAUGCCAAUACAGUCUCUUAUGUAAUGCCAAAAAAUGAUUAUUUUUAAUGAUUUAUGUACUAGUUUAUGUUGAUUUGCUCAAUGAACAAUAACUUUUAAUUUUAAGGUUUUUACAUAUUAUAUUUCUUAUUGCAAUCAAUUGCUAAAUUUCAAUAAUUAAUCACGAUUAUUCACGUUUUUAAACUCAUGUUUGAAAUUCCAUUAUUUUGCAUUUAAAAAUAAAAUAGUUACGCUUUUA